AUGGCUUACUUUCAGGUCAUUGGAUCUGGAAAGAAGAAUCGAAAGAGGGCUUACACACCACUGGAUGAUCAAAGUGAUGGCACAUAUCAUCAGUGCCCACAGUGUGAUACUGAAGUUGGUGGAUUUGGUUGCAAACAUGACACUGUUCAUCUCCAAUGUCAAGCAUGUGGAGGAAUGAUGCCUUCCCGUACUGGUUUUGGCAUUCCUCAGUAUUGUUCAGGAUGUGAUAGACCAUUCUGUGGAGCUUACUGGCAUGCUCUAGGAGUAGCCGGGAAUGGCUCUUACCCUGUUUGCUCCCAGGAUACAUUUAGGCCUAUCUCAGAACACCCUAUUUCGAGCAUUCCAUUGUUAACACAUGAAAAGAAUAUUCAUGAACAGAAGAUAACUGAUAGUUGCAUUAGACAAAUGGGAAGGACAUUGCCGGAUGUGAUAUCAGAGUGGAUACAAAAGCUGGACAACAGAGAAAUCGAUAGAUCGCGAAUGAUGCUAAAUCAUGCUGAGACGAUUACUGCUCGAACUUUUGUAUGCCGUGACUGUCAUCACAAGUUGGUGUCAUUUCUCCUUUACUGGUUUCGCGUCUGUAUACCCAAAUCUCUUCUUCCACCAGAUGCAUCAGCAAGACAAGAUUGCUGGUAUGGAUAUGCAUGUCGAACACAGCACCGCAGUGAAGAGCAUGCUCGUAAGAGAAAUCAUGUGUGCCGUCCAACCAGAGGCUCAAACGUGUGACUAUAAUGUCAGCAUUUUUCUUUCAAGUUCGAACCGUUUUCUUAUUCUUCCCUUUUCAACAAUACUUUGUGUUGUGUCAGUUAGACUUUUCCUCUUGUCGGAGCAAUGACGCUAAUUCCUGGAUUCAAAGCAGUUCAAAAUUUAAAAAGUGGUGAUUAUCUAGCAAGUAAAAGUUGGUUUUAUAUUG